GGGGGAGAGUCUGUAGAGCCUUUCCCCACCAGCGUCCUCGCUCUUCGGCUUCUCGAGUUAACCUGGUCGUUUGUCACCGCUGAGGCCGCGGCUGCGAGCGGAGGGACCCGCUGUGCGGCUCCUGGGUCCCUCUACCUCGUUCGUUGGUGUGGCCCUGAUGGUGCGGCAGGCUCUGGACUCCUAAAGCUCUGGCGCGAAUUUAAGAAGAUUUUGUUCAUGUGUAUGGCAUAGAAGAUGAAUUCUUCCUCCUCCACAAUGAAUGAAGAACCUGAUGCUCUCUCAGUAGUUAACCAGCUACGGGAUCUAGCAGCAGAUCCAUUAAAUAGGAGGGCCAUUGUCCAGGACCAGGGAUGUCUGCCUGGCCUUAUUUUGUUCAUGGACCAUCCCAACCCCCCUGUUGUCCACUCGGCUUUGCUUGCUCUUCGGUACUUGGCAGAAUGCCGUGCUAACAGAGAAAAGAUGAAAGGAGAGCUGGGGAUGAUGUUAAGCUUGCAAAAUGUUAUACAGAAGACUACAACCCCAGGAGAAACAAAACUGCUGGCUUCUGAAAUUUAUGACAUUCUUCAGUCUUCCAAUAUGGCAGAUGGUGAUAGUUUCAAUGAAAUGAAUUCACGUAGAAGGAAAGCUCAGUUUUUUCUGGGAACUACAAACAAACGUGCCAAAACAGUGGUUUUGCACAUAGAUGGUCUUGAUGAUACGUCUCGGAGAAAUCUCUGUGAAGAGGCUUUGUUAAAAAUUAAAGGUGUUAUUAGCUUUACUUUUCAAAUGGCUGUUCAAAGAUGUGUGGUGCGGAUCCGUUCAGAUUUGAAAGCAGAGGCUUUGGCAUCAGCGAUAGCAUCAACCAAGGUUAUGAAAGCUCAGCAAGUUGUGAAAAGUGAAAGUGGAGAAGAGAUGUUGGUCCCAUUCCAAGAUACGCCUGUGGAAGUAGAACAGAACACAGAACUGCCGGACUACCUGCCUGAGGAUGAGAGUCCCACAAAGGAGCAAGACAAAGCAGUGUCCCGGGUCGGCUCACACCCAGAGGGUGGAGCUAGCUGGCUGAGCACAGCUGCAAACUUUUUAUCAAGAUCGUUUUACUGGUGACUUCACUUUGUGUCUCAAGGACUGUGUGAACCAACAAGGGGCCAGUUUUCCAUUGUUGUGGUGAACUGUCAAGUGCAAUUUGCAAUAAGUUAUCAUGAAAAGUUUUUAGAUUACAUGAUUGCGUAUGCUGCAUUUUACAUUUUAUUGGACAUUUUGCCCCACUCAGUGGUAAAAAGGACAGAGGCUACAGGUGGAGUUCUUUGUUUAUGAAGGUAUUUUGGUUUUGUUUUCCUUUAAUUGCCUCACUUUUUAAAAAACAUGGGUCCACUGUUAAACCAAACAUAUAUAUGUUCAGCUUUACAUUUUAUUUUACAUGAAGCACGUGAUUAGGAAAACUCAUUUCUCCUCAAGCCUCAGGACCUAUCUGAAGAGAAGUUGUUUUUUUUUGUUUUUUUAAGCUCAAGUCGUGCAUGAAUUACUGAACAUUUUUCUCUACUUUUCUUCAUGAAAGAUACUUGCUUUGGUAUUCUUCACUGAAAUUGAAAACAUUUCUCAUUAUCCCCCUUUUGUGCCUUUUUUAUUUUGCCAACCAUGUUUAUAGAAAGAACAUUACUAUAGAGACAUUUUGUGAUUUAAAAUAUAUCCAUAUGAACAUAGCAGUCCCCUAAAACCACAAGUCUACAAAAACUUUGCAGUCUUACUUGUUGUAAUUUUAAAAAGAUCAACACAAAAUCAGCCGAGAAGAAGGAAACAUGUAUACUAGCAAAGUACUGUUGGAGACUAUUUGAAUGUGAUCAGAUGUGGUUCCAGUUGACUGUUGUUCAGUUUGGUUUAUAUCAGCUCUUAAGAGUUCCGUCCAGCAUAAUACUGGGAGCAGCUAUAAAUGGUCUCUAGGCCUUACUUUGUGAUCAUAUACCAUCCCUUGCUAGGAAAAAAAAAAUAGUAAAGAACUGACAAACUUGAAAAAAAAAAAAA